AUGGGAAUAUUCGAUAACGAUAAUGGGGACUCCCACGUGUGCAGCAUGCCCAAUCCUCUACAAGCUGAUGCUCCAGAGCCAUUUAUUGGAAACCUCUCUUUUAGACAAUUCAAUCUGUGUCUCUCAGGCGGUUGCACUGCAUUCGUGUGUCUGUCGAUAUUCGUCCUCAUGGCCAGACACGCGACGCAUUUCAGCAAACCCAACGAACAGAGCAAGAUCCUGAAAAUCUGUCUCCUACCUCCGUUCUACAGUCUCUUCUCGCUACUUGGAAUCGCUUUCCCAAAUGCAUACCCGUACCUCGACCCGUGGCGGGAUUUCUGGGAAGCCAUCGCUCUGGGAAGCUUUUUCCUGUUGCUCUGCGAGUUCGUCUCGCCGAGCCCGGAUUUCCGUGACGUCUUUUUCGCGGCGUUUGAAGUUCCUCAAUCUCGCAGAGCUAAAGAGAAGGGAAAUAAUGCCCAGCGCAAUGGGUUGGAAUGGUACAGGGUAACUUGGGUCUCCGUUUUUCAAUACGUUGUUGUAUCUCUAGCGAUUUCAGUCAUGACCGAUAUCACUCAAGCUUUCAACAAGUACUGCCUGGAGAGCAGUAACAUCCACUUCUCCCACAUCUGGCUGACGAUCAUCGGCAACAUAUCCAUCUUCAUGGCCGUUACAUCGUGCAUCAGAUUCUACAAUGCCCUGAAAAAGGACUUGAAACACCACAAGCCGCUGGCCAAGUUUUUGUCUUUCAAGCUCAUCAUCGGCUUGUCAUUCCUUCAAGACAUCAUUUUCACGAUUCUCCGCUCAACCGGCGCACUGAAGGAGAGCUCUACCAUGACCUACGCAGAUGUCAACUUCGGCCUGGACACCAUGACCACGUGCAUCCUGAUGGUGCCCUUUGCCAUUUUCUUCCACUACUCCUACGACGUUUCCCCCUACGACAUCACGAAGCCACGCAUGCUCCCGCUGUCCGAGAUUCCACCGCAGUACAUCGACGAGUCGAGGUCUUCGCAGGAGGCUUUGAACCGUCGAAGCGGCAGCGAUGACUCGUUCAACCAGCACCGGCACAUGGCACACGAGACCGGUGGCCAAUACUACGGUGGAGUGUUGGGUAUCAAGGCAUGGGCGACGGUGCCGGAUCUCAGGGAGAUUCUGCGGGCAAUUCACUUUGCCUUUACCAUGAGGACGACGGCCAGGAGGAUGAACAGGGAGGUUGUCGGCGUCGAUGCGCCUGCUUAUCCAGGCUACUAG